AUGAUUUGGCUUCCUCCACCCCCUGCCUUGAAUAAAACGUCAUCUUACAUCUUGUUGGAGUCCCUCGACCUGGGACAACAGUUCCUCUUUACAGGGCUCUCUUCACAGUGCUUGUCUGGCGAUGACUGCAACACCAGAAAACUCUGCCGCAAGCCCCUAGACGAGAAGCCAUGGGGCGCCACACGUCGUGAGUUGUUACAGAGGUGCCAACGUCGUGCCACAUGCUGCCCAGGAACGCUCUGCAUGAAUGAUGUUUGUGCUACAAUGGAAGAUGCAACGCCAGUAUUGGAAAGGCAGAUUGAUGACCAUGACGACAUAGAUACAAAAGGAACAACUGAGCAACCGAUUCAGGAAAACAAACCCAAAAGGAAGCCAACUAUUAAGAAAUCACAAGAAACACAUAGGGAGCAUGUCCUGUUAGCUCCAGAAAUCUUCCAGCAUUGUGAUUAUGGCCCUGAACUGUUAUGUCGACAUGAAGUGAGUGGCAAUCGAGAAUAUGCACCGUUAAGAGUAUGCCAAAAAAUUUAA